ACCGUCAAUUUUGGAAACAACAAUUUUUUAUGUUUUAAUUAUGCUUUUUAAAAAAUUCUGGAUAAAUGGAUCUGAAAACACAGAAGAAUAUGAAAUUAUUGACAACCAACGGUAAGCAAUUCUAAUGCACUAUCACCUUGCUCGGGUCAAUGGUGGCUAGGAUGGAUUGUUGUUUUGCAUGAAUGUUCAUCCAUGGAACUGUUGGGAGUUUUUAGCUUUACGAGUUCCCUAGGUGGCUGUCAUCUCCAUUGAAAGAGGACUAGGGUUCCUCUGUUUUUGGUUGGUGCUUCAAUUACCAUCUCUUUUCAAAUAAACCUCGUUUGUAAUUUAGCCGAAUUCGACGUUGAUGUGUCUUUCUUAUGGAUUCUCACAACGCCGGGCCUGCCUUUGAAAUCCAUGUCGUCUCUUCCAUCGACUCUCCCGAGUUCACUCUGUUAACUCACACACUGACUCACUCUCAUCUUAUUGCCCUCGACGCCGAGUGGAAGCCCCUUCAAACUCCUGAUCAACGUUCUUCAUUUCCCAGGGUUUCGCUUCUUCAGAUCGCUUGCCAAUUCCACUCGGACCACCGGAAUGAUUCCGUAGCUUUUCUGCUCGACCUGCUAUCAGUUCCGUUAUCCUCAAUUUGGCAUUUGUUAAGGGAUGUGUUUGUUUCACCCUAUGUUUUGAAAUUGGGUUUUCGAUUUAAGCAAGAUUUAGUUUACCUGUCCACUACUUUCAGCUCCUAUGGCGGCGGCGUCUCUGGCCUUGAUCGUAUUGAACCCUUUAUGGAUAUUGCGAGCAUUUACUAUCAUCUUCAGCAUAAGCAAAAGGGAAGAAAGUUGCAUAAGCAAUCUAAGAGUCUUGCAGCUAUCUGCAGUGAAGUAUUGGGAUUCUCUCUUUCGAAGGAACUUCAAUGUAGUGAUUGGUCAGUUCGUCCUCUCACAGAAGAGCAGAUAGCAUAUGCAGCCAUGGAUGCCCACUGCUUGCUCGAAAUAUUUAAUGUCUUCUACUCCAAGGUUCUUAAAGAAGGAGAUCUUUUAAGGAAUGUUUCUGCAGUUCCUUCCACUGAAAUGAAUACUGGGUUGAAAGUGAUUCUGGAAAAGCAAGACAUGCAUAAGAAGAUAUUAAGGACCAAAGUUUCUGAAGCCUCGAACAUUAUAAGAGCUACUGCAUCUGGUUUUCCACAGAGUAUGGCUAAUAUAAGGGGGAAUUGUUCUGUAUCAUCAAGUAUAAAUUGUAUGCCUAUGGAUGAAGAUCUUCAGAAAGUUGUCAAGAGCUACGGUGAAAGAAUUGUUUUGAAAGAGUCCGACAAAAAGCCUAAGAUCUCCAAAAGAAAAGGCAAGAGAUCAUCGACUAUGAAAGUAGGUUGCAGUGAAAAGCAAAUCGUGAGUGAUGAAGAUUGGCUCGGUCCCCCACCAUGGGAUUUGUCCUUGGGGGGUGAUGGAUGCCCUAAAUUCCUAUGUGAUGUCAUGGUUGAAGGUCUUGCAAAACAUCUACGCUGUGUUGGGGUUGAUGCUGCAGUUCCAUUUUCCAAAAAUCCGUACUCUAGGGAAUUAAUUGAUAAAGCGCACAAGGAGAAGAGAGUACUCUUGACCAGGGAUGCUAAACUGCUGAGACAUGGGUAUUUGCUGCGUAAUCAAAUAUACAGAGUUAAAAAUCUUCUAAAGAACGAACAGUUACUCGAGGUUAUUGAAACUUUCAAUUUGAAAAUUAGUGAGGAUCAGCUGAUGUCUAGAUGUACCAAAUGCAAUGGAAGGUUUAUUCAGAAGUCCCUUACAACGGAGGAGGCUGUGCAGGCAGCGAAGGGUUUCCAAAAAAUUCCUAACUGUUUGUUUGACCAGAAUUUAGAGUUCUGGCAGUGCAUGGACUGUCACCAACUAUACUGGGAGGGGAUACAAUAUCGCAAUGCAGUCCAGAAGUUUAUUGAUGUUUGCAAGUUGAAUGACUAGUUUAAAGUGAAUGAUCAUCAUGAAUAAAGAAUCUAAGGAAUUCUCUUUUAAGCAAUGCAUGCCCUUCAGCUUCACCGUUCUGUAUAUGAUCAAUUAUUACACCUAUUGGCUAUGGAGACAUUGAUAAUUCCACCAAGUCAACUCCUGGUGGGAAAUAUCAUGAGGAUCAAGUGACAGGUUUUAUGGUAAAUCGUUGGUCCACGAGUUUAGCAUUCUAGUUUCAAUUUUUGAUGCCCCACCCCGUUCAAAUUAUUUUUGUUAUUUAUGUAAUUCAUUUUCUUAAUGUUAUUGAUUAGCUUUCAACUUUCUUCA